CAAUCAGACGAAAACAAAAACUUUUAAUAAUUCUACCAAAGAAUAAAUAUUUUAAUUAAGUUAAAAUAAUAAAUAAAAUAAUUAAAAAACAUGUAUAAAAUCAAAUCAUCAAUACAUCAUACAAUUGCUUAUACCUAAAUAUGGUCAAUUAUUUGCCAAUAAGGCUUUUUUAAAUCACCAAACAUUCGGGAGGCACAAUUCACAACCAUCAUGAUACCUUGGGUAAGGGAAAAAUUUGCAGAACGCCGCGCUAAAUGGGUCGCUUCUCGAAAUAAUAGCAAACGAACUGACAAAGAUUCAACUACAUCACAACAUUAUCAAUCUGAAGCAGCAUGUAGUUCGAGUUCCACUUCACAAUUGAAUGGGCCAAGUAUUUCGACUCAAAAACAUUCAAAAUUAAAACCCCAAGUCCAAAUUGAAGAUGAACCAAGACCUAAAAAGAUUCGUGUUCGGGUUAUUUGUCCGAAUGGUCGAGUGUUGGCAUUUUUCAUUGAUCCUACAAAACGACUUGUCGAUUUGAAACAAGAAGUUCUCCUCGAACUCUACGAAGAGACUGGUGAAUUCUCAUUUAACGUGUCCGACGUGUGGCACGUGAGCACACAAUAUCGUAUGCUUAGAACUGAACCGACUGGUCUUGAGAUCGAUGAAAUGGCUAGUUUGGAACGUUUGAAUGUUGUUGAGCAGGAAACAUUUAUUUUACAGAAACGUCGUUUUUUAACUCAAAAUCUGCUGGUUGCCAAACAAAUUGCACCACCAACUGCCGAUGAAAUAACAAAUGCUACCAAAGAUAUUCCCAUUUCUCCAAAUCCAUUACAUCCGAUGGAUAUUAAUGAAAUAUUCCAACAAUCUGAUCUUCAAUUUGAUGUAAGAAAAGUUAUAAUAUCUCUGGCGCAAGCUUCGGCGCGUGUAAUCGGAGUUGGACCUCAUGCAACAAAAUUGAUUGGGAUAUUAAAACGUAAACUUGCCAAUAAACAAAGCAAUCAGGAUGACACACUGCAGUGCCUUAUAGAUAUGGGAUUUUCGAAAGAAAAAGCGACUUAUGGACUCAAAGUGAAUAACGGAGUUUAUGCAAAAACUCUCGAAUGGUUACUUCAGCAUGAAAGCGAUGAAAUACCCAGCGACGAAGAUAGCAUACAUCAAGCAACUGAUUGCCCGCCUGGGUUAUCUCCAGAAAACGAUAUCUUUGAAAAUAUAAACGCUUUAUUAGAAAUAGUUCGCUCUUAUAGCCAUCGUGAAAUACCUCCGUCAAAAGAAACCGUCAUGUCGCUAAUCGAAAUGGGCUUCGAAGAAAAAGAAAUAUUAAAAGCCUUAAAGAAAACCUGCAACAACAAAGCUGCUGCCUGUGAAUAUCUCUGUGGCCAUCGAACUGAGAGUUUAAUUGAAUUGCGUGAUGGACUAGCAAAGGAUUCACCAAUUCUAAGAGCGAUUCUUGAAUUGCCCAAAGUUCAAAUGAGUUUAGAUAAUCCGACUAUGUUUUUGGCAUUCUUAGGAAUAUUGGAAAAUGAAAAUUCAGUUAGAAUUCAUGGCAGUGAUAAUGAUACAACCAGCGUUAUAACACAUAUCCUGCAAAAAUACCACGAAGAAAAACACGCUUUAGGAAUCAAUCAAUUUUACAAUCAUCUUCGAUAGUAGAAGGAUAUUGUAUUAAAUUCUAAUGUUAAUAUAGUAAUAUUUGAUCUCCCACCCAA